ACUGACACUGCCAUUUACAAUUAUUUUCCUUGUGAGAGAAAAAUCUUGGUUUCGUACUUUGCCCUUUCUCUUCUGGCAGUAUUCUGAUUUCUUUGGUGUACCAAUGGAAAGUACUAAGAAUCUUGGUUCUGCUGAUCUUUCUGUUUCCACCAAAGAAUUAUCUCUGCCAUCCAACUCCACGGGUAUUUUCUCUUCAAUUUUCCCACCACCAUCUAAGGUUAUGGGAAGGAAAGCUUCGGCGGCUGAACUUAUACAAUCUCUGGAGAAGCAGUCCUCUGGUUGUAGGGAAUGGAACAAAGCAUCUCCAGCUCAUGUGACAAAAAAUAGAGAAGGUGCAGGGCAUUGCACAUCCAGUAAGGAACAUGAAUCACUUUUUCAAGAUCAAGUGGAACCAUGUCCCCUAAGUUCUGCUAUCUUCUAUGGUGGUCAAGAGGACAUGUACAUCAAGUCAUCCGAUGAUCGAAAAACUAUCCCGUAUCCUAGAUAUAAGAAGGAAGGAAGAGAAUAUGAUUCUGGCGGAAACAACCAACAUGAUGCUUCUAGAGGAAAUUGGUGGCAAGGAGUUCCUGAAGUCUUGGAACCAGGUUGCUAUAGAUUUGUUGAAGACGAACAAGUACGGCCAUGUGUUGACAGACUCAAGAGUUUUCAUUCUGCGUUCUCUUGUAAUGGUUAUUUGGACCUUAUAUAUGACAUGGACCUUUUUAAAUAUUUUUGGCUCAGUGCCUUACAAAGCAGGGGUUUUGAUAAUUGUGUUGACGUCUCUAUACACUUCUAACUCUUCGCAUACAAUUAAACGAUGUAAAUCUUUGAAUAAGUUCUUGUCAAGACUUGCAUGAACUUGCAUUGCCCUUUCUGAA